UCCUCGGCUCCGUAGCUCCCGCGGCGCGAGGCGCUCUCGCUCUCCUCCACCGCCCCUCCCCCCCGCGCAGCCGCCGCCGCCGCCGCCGCCGGCGUCCGGAGACCCCGACCCUCGUGCGCCCCUCCGGCCCCCGCCGAGAAGGAGAGGGCGAGCGAGCGGGCGAGCACGGCGCUCCCGGGCCGGCCCGGCCCCCCUGUCUUCGGCAUCGCCUGCCCUCCGCCGCCUUCCUUCGCUCCCACCUCCACUCCCCCCCCCACCCUACCGAGGAGAGGCCCCCUCCGGGGGGGGGGAGGCCCGGGGCCCGGAGCGGAUUCCCCCAACUCCCUCAGGCCCGCCCCCGCCCGGCCGACAGCGAGGAGGGCCCCGGCCGGCCCGCGUCGGGAGUGCGGAGGACCCCGGGCGGGCCCGCGGGCCGUCUGGGGCCUGCUGCGGCCCCGCCGGGUGUGUGAGGGAGGACAGGGGCCCGGCCCGGCCCGAGGGCGAGCGGAGGGGAGGGGCCUGGUCCGGGCCGGCCGGUGCGCGAGGACUGGGGCCGCGGCCCCGCUCGGCCUCCGCCGCCGCCGCCGCCGCCGCCGCCGCCACGAUGGCCCAGCAGCAGAUGACCAGCUCGCAGAAAGCCCUGAUGCUCGAGCUGAAAUCCCUGCAGGAGGAGCCGGUGGAGGGCUUCCGGAUCACCCUGGUGGAUGAGUCCGACCUUUACAACUGGGAGGUGGCCAUCUUCGGACCCCCUAACACCCUCUACGAAGGCGGCUACUUUAAGGCACAUAUUAAAUUUCCUAUUGACUACCCAUAUUCACCACCUACCUUCAGAUUCUUGACCAAAAUGUGGCACCCCAACAUUUAUGAGAAUGGAGAUGUGUGCAUUUCAAUUCUUCAUCCACCUGUAGAUGACCCACAGAGUGGAGAACUGCCCUCUGAAAGGUGGAACCCUACUCAGAAUGUGAGGACUAUCCUGUUAAGUGUAAUCUCACUGCUUAAUGAGCCCAACACCUUUUCUCCAGCCAAUGUGGAUGCUUCAGUUAUGUUCAGGAAGUGGAGGGACAGUAAAGGAAAAGACAAGGAAUACGCUGAGAUCAUUAGGAAACAAGUCUCAGCUACUAAGGCUGAAGCAGAAAAGGAUGGAGUGAAGGUCCCCACAACCCUGGCAGAGUACUGCAUCAAAACUAAAGUGCCUUCCAAUGACAACAGCUCAGAUUUGCUUUAUGACGACUUGUAUGACGACGACAUUGAUGACGAAGAUGAGGAGGAAGAAGACGCCGACUGCUAUGAUGACGACGAUUCUGGGAAUGAGGAGUCGUGACAUGUUCCUUCAGUGCCCUGUACUGCCCUGGCGCCUCAGGCCGAAGGGAAGGGAGCAAGUGGGGGUCUACAGUGGCCCCUCAGCAAAACUUAUUCAUGGGGUAGGGAAACAACACAGCUCCUGCUGACCCCUUCCAGAUCUCAGCUUGCUCCUUUUUAUGGACCUUUAAUGGAGAGAAAGUUCCCUCCACAGAAUGUCUGAAUUCUUGCAUUCUUUACCCUUCCAUCACUGUAUUGAUUCUUUUUUAAAAAACAGCCACCACCCCUCAAACUCCCACCUCACUUCAUCUCUGCAGAAUGUUCACAGCAAAACACGUUUGUCUCUUUUUACAUUCUUGAAGAAUUAGCCUGUUUAAGACAUUGUGUUUGAAGCUGGGAACCCACUGGGAGUCCACAAGUGCUGCAUAUAUUGGGUAGCAAAGGAAAAUGGGGGGGGAACACACACACACACAAAAAAAACAAAAAAACAACAAAAAAAACCCACAAAACAAACUUAAAAAAAAGCCGAUUUGCCAAGGUUUAGCUGCUCCUUUAUAUUAGUGCGUGUGCAUUUGUCCAGCCCUGUGGUGGUGAGUUUCGUUUUUCCCUUCCUAAGGCUGGGAUGCGGUGGGCAUCAGGGACUUGCUCUUGCUAAGUCUAAUGAAAUGUGCUGCCUCUAUGAGAUCGUCCCAACAUGGAGGCUGCAGCUACUCCGAGGAGAGAAAUCAGAUUUUGUUUUUUGGAAUUGAUUGGGAUCUAAAGCCUGAAAUAAAUAUUCAUACUUUACAUAGAA